UUCUCUAUCUUCUCGCCUCUCUUUUCUGUCUUCAUUCAGAUUCUCCUGUUUUUUUUGAGGUUGUAAUCGUCCGAUCCGGAAAAAAAACACUUGAGGACUUGUUUUAUUUGUUGAUAUUGGAAAUGGAUAUGGGCUCUCGAGAGGAAGAUGGUAUCAGUGACAUGAAGCAGGCUGAGGUUUCUACUUACUUGAAUGAAUGCGUUCACGGAUCGAUUCAUGAAAAUACUAAUACGAGUAAUGUGAAAGAGUUGCUUGAACAGGGAUAUCAAAGCAAACCUCUGCGAAAGAAUUUAGCCAAGUCUGCAUCGUUUCCUUCCGCUGUUCUUACUGAAGAUGAUGAAAUUGUCACUGCAUUGCAACGGAUGUUCUCGGAGGAUUCCGUGCAGACUUACUCCCGUUCGAUUUCUUUGCCCGCUCCCUUGAAGCUAGUUUCUGCCCUUAAAGGUAGCCGUGAGAAACAGGGAUUGCCACCGAAGAAGCUAACCGUUAAAUGGGCACCUGACGUCUACGAUCCUCCACCAACGUCCGUAUUGCAUACAGUUGGAAACAGAAAGCAGCAAAAAUCAAAGAAGAAGAAGAAUGACAAGAAGAAAAAUGGAAAGAAAGGGCAGAAGGGCAACAAUGCAGGACGAGGUAGUGGCGGUGGUAAAGACAACAAAUGCCGUGGGGGUGGUGGGAGUUCUGAUAGGAGUUAUAAACCUCCGCCGGAGGUUCAUCUGGAUAGAUUAGCCAACUCCUCAAUCAGCCUUGAUGGUUUCAACGUUGGCAGUCCCGACCCUCACUGUGGGAGUAGUUUUCUGAAAAACUCACCAACCAACAUGCACUACUCUGUGGCGGAGGCACUAUGAGUAUGUCUCCCUUUGCUUUUAGCAGUCCUUGUAGAUAAAUAAAGCUCUUUUCAGCUCUCUCUAUCAUGGUCAUUGGAACAAUUUACUUGAAUGCAAUUAUGUAAUGGUUUGUGAUAAUAGUGUGGGUUUGAAAGUUUUGUUAGCCAGCAAAAGACUGCUUUGUAAAUAUAUUACCAGUACCUCUUUAAUGAGAAGACCUGAAACAUAUAUUUCUGCAAACU